AUGAGAGUUGGUGUUAUUGGGGGCGGAGAUGUGGCCCAAAUUGUUCACCUUCCCACGUUUGCAUUCCUGUCAAAAUUCUUCAAAGUGAGAACUAUCUGUGACAUCUCCCUGAAGACCGCGACUCAUUGUGCCAAUCGCUUCGGUAUUCCACGCCCGACAACAGAUCCAACUGAAAUAUUCAACGACAGUGAGAUCGAUGCAGUCGUGGUCCUUACUUCGGAUGAGUUUCAUGCACCUUACGCCAUUGCAGCUCUUCAAGCGGGAAAGCACGUACUUGUUGAGAAGCCUGUUACUUUGAGCUUGGAAGCUGCGAAGGAAAUCAACGAUGCAGAGUCCUCUGCGCCAAAUGGUGCCCGUGUUUUUGUCGGCUACAUGCGACGCUAUGCGCCUAGUUUGAAUGCCUUCAAACGCGAAGUCGCGUCCAUUGAUUUUAUCAGGUAUGCCAGAGUGCGUGACAUUAUCGGUCCAAAUGCGUAUUUCAUUGGGCAGUCGGGAGCCGAGCCCCAGAAAUUUUUCGACGAUAUUCCCGCCGAGGCAGGAGAAGACAGGAAAGAGAGGCUGCAAGCGCUGCUAGGUCAAGCCUCGGGAGUUCCAUUUGCAGAGAUUAGCCCGGAAGAGAUGGAGUAUUGUUGUCUUCUUGCCAAUCUUGGAAGCCAUGGUCUCAGCCUGAUGAGAGAGGUACUGGGUGGGCUUCCCGCAGAAGUCCUCGCAUCGACAGAUAACGCUCGGUGGUAUACGACAAUGUUCGAGUACCGAAACAAAUCCAAUAAUGAGCGAUUUACAUGUCUUUAUGAGACUGGAAUUGACUCUGUACCAAGAUUUGAUUCUCAGGUUGCCAUUUUUGGAGAGAAUAAGUGCGUCUCGAUCAAUUACGAUAACCCCUUUAUCAAAGGCCUUGGGAUCACUGUUGAAAUUGACGAGUUGAACGAGCACGGGGAAAGAUGUCACCGAUCACUCCAAACAUCAUACGAAGAUGCAUACUCGGCUGAAUUGAGAGAAUGGCACGACUGCAUUGUCAAUGGAAAAACAAUCAAAACCAGCGGCUCCGAUGCCGUUAAAGAUUUGCACCUUUUCAAGAUGAUGAUGGAGAAAUACCCCUCCCACAAGAGAGCAAAAGGUAGCAGCGGGUCUGAUGGGUUUCUCCCAUCAGGUCCGUGA